AUGGACAUGGACCACCAACACCAACACCAACCUCAACCUCAACCUCAACCGCCCGCUCCCCAAUUCGACGGCCACGACGACACCUUUGGCGGCAUCGAAGGCUCCCCGCACGUUGCGUCCAACAAUGGCUUCCAUCACCAGCACAGCCAGUCGUUAGACCAAGCUAUGCCCGCCAGCCCACGACAAGACGACGACCCCGCCCAUCGAUAUACUCCUCCAGUCUCAGCACCUUCACACUCACGGCCCGCCAGCGGUCUGUCCAACCCGACACAUCAGGCUCACGGCGACUAUAGGCAAGGGUCUAACGAGCCCCAAAACGGACGGAACCAUGUCGUCAUCAAGGUUGGAAUGGUUGGCGAUGCCCAGAUUGGCAAGACCUCCCUGAUGGUCAAGUACGUAGAGGGCAGCUGGGACGAAGACUAUAUUCAGACUCUAGGCGUCAACUUUAUGGAAAAGACCAUCUCCAUCAGAAAUACCGAAAUCACCUUUUCCAUCUGGGACUUGGGUGGCCAACGGGAGUUUGUCAACAUGCUGCCAUUGGUAUGCAACGACGCAGUGGCCAUCCUGUUCAUGUUUGACCUGACAAGGAAGAGCACGCUCAACAGCAUCAAGGAGUGGUACAGACAAGGACGAGGGUUUAACAAGACUGCCAUUCCAAUCUUGGUGGGCACCAAGUAUGACCACUUUGUCAACUUUCCCAUUCAAGACCAGGAGGAGAUUUCCAAUCAGGCGAGGAGAUUUGCCAAAGCAAUGAGAGCGUCUUUGAUCUUUUCGAGUACUAGCCACAGCAUCAACGUACAAAAGAUUUUCAAGAUUGUUCUAUCAAAAGCCUUCGAUCUGAAAUGUACCAUCCCCGAGAUCGAAAACGUCGGCGAACCCCUCCUCCUCUACCAGUCGGUCUGA